ACAGCGCAGAGGCGCAGAGCUUCACGCUCGCCCACGCAGCCCCUCCAGGCCGCCACCACCACCAGCGCCGUCCCCCUCCGCGUCCGUGCUGCCGCCUCCCCUCGCCUCGGCAUCUCCAGCUCGCGCAGCGCAUCUAGGGCGGCGGCGGAGGGGGAGCGGAGCGGCGCUCGUCCCGGCCGUGGCAUUCGAGGAAGGAAGGAAAGAAGGAGGCGGCCUGCGGGAAAGGAGGUUUUGGAUAGAUAGAAGCUUCCGGAUCCGGAUCCGGACCCGCGCUGACGACCGCCUGUGUUUGGGACUGCUAGGUUGCUGUGCUCUGAGAUGGAGGACCUGUUGGGUUCAGAGAUCGGGAAGAACGACUAUGACUGGCUUCUAACUCCGCCUGGGACCCCACGUGUUCCUGCACUGGAGGUUGCUGAGAAAACACCAUCCUCAAAUAUAUUGCCGAAGCGUACUACUGCUAGGUCAUCCUCAACUACUAGAGCAUCUAGGCUUUCAGUAUCUCAAACAGAGAAUGGGCAUUCGACGGUUCCCACUAGACCAGCAAGAAGUAACUCUGUCAGCCGACCUUCUAUCCAGUCUACUCUCAUGAAUGGCAACAACAGGACAUCAGUUCUCAAUACAAGCAUUUCCUCAGUCACUUCAAGACCUACAACCCCUAGCAGGCGAUGCAGCACUUCGGCUGUACCAAGACAAUCAGUUCCAGCUUCACGUCCAGUGCCUGCAAGAUCCUCUACUCCUGUUAAAACUCGUCCAUCUACACCAGCCAAAACUCGUCCAUCUACUCCUACGAGAACUCGUCCAACAGCCCCAAACUCUUCAACUGAUUCAGCUGCUGCCAAGACCACUUCCGCACAUAAUUCAAGGCCAUCUACUCCAAAUUCUCGGUCCCGUAUAAUGCCCAAUCCAUCUUCUGGUCCAACUCACGCAACAAGUCGCCCAAGCCCAUCCUCUGGUACAAUGAGCCGGCCAGGGUCUUCCUCAGGCAAUGUUCAUGGGAUAAGUCGUGCCACCUCAUUGUCCUCAAGUUCUGUUCCUUCAAUGAGCCGUUCCAACUCACGAUCAUCUACACCUACACGCCAGCCUGCAACUCGUUCAUCAGCCCCAGCUAUCGGUCGCUCUCCUUCUGUUGGACGGAGUUCUAGCAUCAGUAGCUUUACAUCAGUCUCCCGGUCUGCAGCCAGUAGUGGGCGGAACUCAGCACCUUCAUCAGCUCCUUCAUCUCGUCCCAGUUCUCCAAAUCCACGACCUCGAGCUCCAGUGUGUCCACUUGAUAUCCCUGAUUUCCCAAGCGAAACUCCACCAAAUUUAAGGACAAAAUUGCCUGAAAGACCGCUAUCUGCUGGCAGAUCAAGGCCAGGAAUGGCUUUAGGCAUAAGGUCAAAUCCAAAUGCUGAACCUUCAGCUACGUCAGCUCCUGUGAAGAAGGUCUCUGUGCCUGCUGUGAGUCAAAGUAAAUUUUCUGAUCCAUCAUCAAAGAUGCCUACACUCUCAAAUGGACACCAAAAUCGACAGGCUGAAAGGUCCGUUGUUGAUAGUCAACCUAAUAGACCAUCAAGGCCUGCCACUAGCUCUGAUAAUGGAUUUGGGAGGUCGAUAUCAAAGAGGUCACUUGACAUGGCUAUCAAACACAUGGACAUUCGGCAGAACUUGGGUGGCAUUCGCGGCGCAUCCCUCUUCCCCCAGAGCAUCCGCUCGGCUGCUGCCAAGGCCCGGCCAGCUCGGGCAUCGGACCCGGGGCACGGUAUCUCAAACGGCGACCGGCACUACGCGGACAACGCGAGCAGCGUGAACGGGCACCUAUCCGGGGACUCGAACGGGGCUUCCUCGCGCAACGGCGGCAGCUCAACAGCGUCGCCGGACUGGGUGAGCGUCGGGACCAAGGAGACCCUGAGCGAGCUGGACAUCUAUGGCAGCUCGCGCUACGAGGCGAUGCUGCUGCGGGAGGAUGCGCGCAACACCAGCUGGCUGCACGGUUUCGACGACAAGCCCGACCAGAGCCCUCUGUUCGACCACCGGUUCGAGCCGCUGCCGGAGCCCUUCAGCCCGUUAUGACAGAGCCAGACGCCAGAGCCGCCGCCUGUAAAGUUCUUCUGGAUCGUCAACAUCUCUCCGUUCCUGUUCCCCGUCGUGCUGCAAGAUGUGUAUGGUUUCUUUCUGUCUUUUUUUUUCUUGUUCUAUAAUUGGUUGGUUCUGCACGUUCACCGUUUUCUGGAGCCGAUGAGACGGGAUAGAGAUUGCGGGGUUCUGGGUCCCGUGGUUCGUCCCUGGAGAUUGCAUUGGGUUUCCACUUCCCCGCGAAUUGUUGUACUGCUGAAUGAAGAAAGAAAGGAUCUGAAAGGACAGAAACGGUAAAGAAUUUGUAAGUUAUAUUGUAAUGAUCUUGGAUGCUC